UUUAUAUUUUAAAAAAAACCUGUGUUCUAAGACCUGAUGAAGCUAAAGAAGAGUCAGACGUUGAAGAAGAAAGCUGCGGAAAACAAGAAGAAGACAGAACGCAUUAUUUCAGCCAUGACUCCUGGUUUCUGCGUGGACUUCAACCCCAUAGACUCCAGUAUCUACCUGGCCGGCACAUCGGAGUGCCUCAUCCACAAGUGCUCCGUCUCCAACAGUCAGAACGUCCUCCACACUUACAAAAAACACUUUUGCCCUGUGAACCAUGUUGAGUGGUCUCCUUUCAGUCCUGAUGUGUUCCUCAGCUGCUCCUCUGAUUGGACCAUCCAGCUGUGGAAGCAGGACUGCUCCGACCCGGUGAUGAGCUUCAAAUCCACCCAGAGGACCGUGUCCACCGUCAGGUGGUCCCCAAACUCCUCCACCGUAUUUGCAGCCAUUAACGGAGAGAUGGUGGAGAUCUGGGACUUGAAUUUGAACAUCAUGCUCCCAACCGUCGUGCACCGUGCUGCCGCUGCUGUGACGUCCCUGCUGUUCGCCUCAGGGACAGACUGCGUGUUGGUGGGGGACACUGAGGGGGAAGUGACCGUCUACCAGCUAAAGAACCUCGGUGUGGGGAGAGACAAGAAGAUGGAAAGUUUGGAAGACAUCAUUAGCUUUGUGGUUUCCAGGUAGCUUUAGAAAGUGGGCUCUUAAAGCCAUAUUUAUAUUAUCAAACAGUAUAAUUGUAACACUAGCAGAACAUUUGUGUUAUACUAUUUAAUGCUAUUGUGUUUAUUUAUAAUAUAUUUUGUAAAUUGAAGGAAAGUCUAGAAAGAUAUAAAAUACAUGUUUAAUUCAAUAUCUAUACAUUGUCAUUUAUAUCUUUAUCAACAAAACAUAAACAAAUGCAAAGGAUACAAAUCUAUAAAAUGCCAUUUCAGCUGAUGGAAAAUAAAAUACAAAUGUUUUUGAAAAAGAUCUGUAGAGACAUAUUUUAGGGAUUCUUAAAGUGGUCCUCAAAUUUUAUUUUGAAAUUAAUAAAUUGAAGUGAAAUAUAAACCUUGCAUGAUGUAUCGUGGUAGUCAAGUUGGUUACCUUAGAGACCAAUUCUUGGUCAUAUAAAAGGUUCAAAACGUAUUUACGGAGUGAAAAAAAGUUGAAUUUAGAUGGAAUAAUGUAAAAAAUAUAUUUUUGUUUUGUUCUACACCACAAAAAAAAUGGCUUUAGGCUCACUUGAGAUCGGAACACUUGAUAUUUACAAUUUGUGAUGAUGAAAUACUUCGGGACCUUAUUUGAAGAUCUAGAGAGACCCCUAGGGGCAGAUCACUCUUAUGGAUUUGAAAAGCAAGAUAUAUUUUAAUCUGAAAUGCAUUGCUUCAGUGAGAGUUGUGUGCAUCAGACUCUUCUAUUUGAUGCUACAGUAAUGGCACCUCUGGACAUAGAUGCCUUUUGUUUAACACUCACUCACCAAACAUAUUUGAAUUGAUUCAGUACAUAUCUUAAAAUAACAAUUCUAAAAUGUAUGAACAUGCAAUAAAAACACAAUUUAAA